AUGUUAUCUUUGAUGACAGCUGCUUUGUCAUUACUCCCAGCUGCUUCAGCAACAACAGUCUCCGGCCGAGAGACUGCCAGAGGUACGACAACUUAUAGUGAUACGUUUACUAUCAACCUCGAUUCCAUUAUGGUCAUUAGAUCUGGUCUUACCCAUUAUUGGUUUGGUGAAGCUAUCGUUUACGGUGAACUAUGUAUGUAUGAAGACUCAUGGAGUGCUGGUUGGACAACAGUUUUUGAAGAUGAUAUCUACAAUUACGGCGUCAUCGUUAUCGAUGACAGUUACGCUUGGGCCGGUGAAACUUUCAGCGCAAAUGGUGGUACUUUCUACAAUUCUGGUUACUUCUUUGUCGAUGGUCAUAAUUCUGGUUUAGGUGAAAGUAAUUACAAGAUCUCCGCUGCAAAUACUUUUAACAAUGACGGUGGUCUUAUAUCUAUGCAACAGGCAAGUGGCUCAGCAAGUGUUACUUUGGGUGAUAGUUAUCUAAGAAACACCGGUACAAUUUGUUUAGAAUAUGCUAAUUGGGAACAGUCUGCUACUGUGACAGAUACUGGGUGUAUUUCCAUUAAUUCAGGUGGUCAAUUAACUAUUGACAAUCUUGCAAACGAUCCAGUUGCUGAUCAAACUAUCUACUUACAAAACACUACUUCUAUCCUUUCCAUUGGUGGGUACAGUGCUAAUACCCUCCUGGUUAGAGGUUUCGGUUCAAGUAAUGUAAUCUCCUUCCCAUAUGGGAUCACUAGCAACACGUAUAAUGCUACAAGCGGUAUUGUUGCAGUCGCAACUUCAGGUGGUACUUAUUACAUCGAUAUUGGUCAUUACUAUAACUCAACGCCAUUACGUAUGAUGAUAAAAGUUUAA